GCUAUCUAUAUUUGGAAUAUCAGCCACUGUGAAAACAUUAUAUCAACAUUUUACCUAUACAGACAUGUGAAAUUUAAAUAUAGUUACAAAUCUCAACUUGCCGACAAACUUGACAAAAUCCUUGCAUUUAAUACCAAUCCUUCAGCAAUAUUUUAUGAUCUAUAUGAACGCUCCCCAUUAUACAAUGACCUGAAGGAAUUAGACAGGAAGGCCAUAACUAAUGACAAUGCCAGGGAGUUUCUUAUGAAACCAAACACAGCUUUAAACUAUAAGACUCACGGGAUUAACGUUGGAUUAAGUGAUCUGGUAGCUUUAAACAGACAAGUUCCCGAUUCAAGACCAUACGGGUGUUCAGACAUUGAGUAUCCAUCUGACUUGCCAACAGUUGGCAUUGUAAUUCCUUUCCAUAAUGAAUGGCCAUCACUUCUGCUAAGAACUAUUUUCAGCAUUAUCAAUAGAACUCCAAAACAUUUACUGAAAGAAAUAGUUCUAAUUGAUGAUUGCAGUAACCUGCCCAGUCUCCAAGCCCAUUUUCAAGGUCUAUUGGAGAAGUAUUUUCCGAAAAAUCUUAUCAAGUUAAAAAGAUUGAGGAGUAGGUCAGGAUUAAUUGUAGCUAGAAUGGAAGGACUGAAACUUGUUACAGCUGAUUGUGUCUCCUUCUUUGACAGUCACAUGGAAGUGAAUGAAAAUUGGUUGCCUCCCCUUUUAACAGAGAUCAAGAAGAAUCCAAAGACGGUUGCCAUGACGCAGUUAGAUUACAUCAACAAGGAUUCGUUAUCUUAUGAUUUUGAUGUAGGAUAUCGUACACGAUAUGGAUUCGAUUGGAGACUUUUAUUUUUUGAGACGUUCUUCAGAGCAGACACGUUGGAUGGGAAGACAGAUACUGAUCCUGUACCAGGAGUUGUAAUGGUAGGACCUGGUGCUGUGGUAAAUGUGCAAUAUUUUAAAGAGCUUGGUGGAUUUGAUACUGGCAUGAAAAUCUGGGGAGGAGAAAAUCUCGAGUUUCCAUGGAGAGUAUGGUUGUGUGGUGGACAGAUGAUUCAUGUUCCUUGUUCAAGGACUGGACAUAUAGCAAGGUCUCAGCCAUAUCAUUUCCCUAAUGGAAGACAGGACACUGAAAACCAUAACUAUAAACGAGCAAUAGAAGUAUGGAUGGACGAUUAUAAAGAAUAUGUAUAUGAAGCUAAUCCAUUAAUUAGGUCAGUUGAUGCUGGAGAUCUUACAGAAAGAUUGGAAUUGAAAAACCGUCUUCAAUGUAAGCCAUUUAAAUGGUUCCUAGACAAUAUCUGGCCAGAACUAAAUGCAUAUAAAGAGAAUAAUCAAGCAUGGGGCUUUGUACAGAACAGUGCUACUGGUUCAAACAUGUGUCUAGAUAAUGAUGAUUACCUGUUUUCUAUACCCAACCCUGUCAAAGUUAAACCAUGUUCAGAAAAUGUCAUUUAUCAGAUGUUUUCCCUUACUGCUGAAAAUUUAUUUCGUUCAUUAUUGCAAUGUGUGAUUGUCAAGGGAACAUUCCUUAGUGAUAAACAACCAAAACUUCAAGGUUGCUUUGAGGGGCCCCAUGAAACUUGGACACACAGCGGACCUGGACUGUUGAAACAUGAUAAUUCAGAGCUGUGUUUAGAACUGACCAGGUCUCUGUAUCUAGUGAUGAACUUAUGUGAUGAGAAAUCUCCGUGGCAGAAAUGGACGUUCACACAUUACUCACCUGCUCAUAACAAACGCAUAAUUGUCUAAUAAUAAAUUUUGUAUCAUAUCUUUGAUACGCUUGCCAUUUGUAAAUAGGUCUGCAUGUACAAAUGUAUAUUGUUUCUUUUGUUAUUUUUUUUGUAUAAAUACAUGUAAAUGUAUAUAAGAGGCACUAAUAAUAUAGUCUAUAUCUUUACAACUAGUACAACUCGUUUUAGAGUUUUCACUCAAACUUAUGCAGAGGUUAAGUUAUCUUAAGUUUUUUUUCUUUCUUUGUUUUUUGAUGCGAAGAUCAUGGUUGUGUACUGUUAUAAAUUAAAUUUUUACUCAAUUGCUGCCCUUUUAUACAUAUUUAAGUACUCAUUUUUAUUUUGUUUUUAUAAGUGUAUAUAUUUCUAUUGUUUUUGUUUAUUGUUGAGAAUUGUCAUGUGUACGCAAUUAUCUAGAUACUACCAAAGUUUGAGAGAAACAAUUUUUUUCUGUGUUGGAUAUGUACAAGUACAAUGUAAAUGUAAAUACAUGUAAACUAAAGUAAUAAAAUUUAGGUGCUCCUUAGCAAGUGGUUAAGGUUGUUUCCUUGAACCACUUGCCUAUCACUGCUGUGGGUUCGAAUCUCAACAGGGACUUUGGAUUCUUUCUUUUGUGGAAGCUAUCCAUCUAGCUUACAGAAUGUCAGUGGUUCUACUUUGGUUCCAACUCUUGGCAGAGGGGCACCUGUGGUCUACAUCCACCACUUAAGCUGGAAAAUCACAAUUUAUAUACAUGUAUAUACCUUAACAGUGUUGAUGUGAUGAUAACACAUGAAAACAGAGAGAAAAUAUAAAGUAGUUGCUAAUAGCAACAGUUGUGUAAACAAAGGUUUGUAGUAAAUAGAACAAAUAAGUAUGUAACGUUUCCUUAUAAAAUGUUUAACUGCUUUUUGUUAAUGUUUACAGUUAAAUGAAGAUGGAAUUGAAAAUCUUGGUAAUUUAAUUUGGAAAAGUUUAUUUGGUACCUUAAUUGGUACAGAAUGUUCAUUUUGCUGUUUGUAAGAAUUUGUUUUCUUUUAAUAUGUUUUGUUCAUUUUUUUAAUUCAUUUAUUUAAAAGAAUCAUAAUUGUAGCUAUUCUUUUCACCUAUCAUAGAGGUCAUCAUAAAAAUGUGUUGAGAUUUUUCAUGCAAAUUUGUAUCUUAUUAAAAGGACAUAUGAGCCGUGUCACGACAAAACCAACAUAGUGUGUUUGCGACCAGCAUGGAUCCGGACCAGCCUGCGCAUCCGCGCAGUCUGAUCAGGAUCCAUGCUGUUCGCUUACAAACCCUAUUACAAGUAAAGAAACUGAUAGCGAACAGCAUGGAUCCUGAUCAGACUGCGCGGAUGCGCAGGCUGGUCUGGAUCCAUGUUGGUCGCCAACCCAUUAUGUUGGUUUUGUCGUGACGCGGCUCAUAUGUAUUCCAGGCCAGUCUGCACAUGUAUGCAGUCUGACCAUGCUUUAAACUGUUAGUAGCUCAACUUUCAUUUUGAAAUCCCUCAAAUGUUGAACUGUUUCAAAUUCAAAGCAGGGCAAAUCCGUAGGUUAAAGUUAAUUGAUUUACCUGUAUGCUACCCAUAUAUAAAUAAGGGCUGCACUUCAUAGAAAGUCUUAAGUCUGAAAUCAGUCUUUAGACCAAAACUAAGACGAUUUUGCGUUUCAAAGAAAAUGUCCUAACUUAUGAUGACUCCUAUGUUAUGACUUAAUUCCUGAAUAGCAAUGCUAAUGGGAUGGGCAUUUACAAAUUGUGAAUAAAAGGGCUUGUCAUUGUAUUUCUUAACUUUUCUCAGAAGAACGCAUUUAUUUAUAGUCUACAGUAUUUGAAUGGGGAUAAAAAAUUAAUUGAAAUGGUCUUAAGUUAGUCCCAAAGUUGUUUUUAUGUCCUAAGGCUAAGACUUAGUAUACGCGUAGGACUUUCUAUGAAACACAUCCCUGGGACUUUAACUCGGACCAUGCUAUAUUUGGCUGCUUAAACAGGGCAUGAUAAUAUUGUAGAGCUGAACAUGAUAAGGAAACAGGGACAUCUACAUUUUAAUGUUAAUUAUUUGUAUAAUGUAAACAUGUUUUAAACAUUUUACUUAAAGUUUACAGUUGUAUUUUCACAGAUAUAAUAAUUUUAAUCAAAACACAUUUAUAUGUACUUAUGUCUUUAAGACCCUCAUAUGUUUUUGAACUUUUUGAAAGUUUUCAUAAUGUGACAAAUUCUAUAAAACAAAUAUGUGUUAUUCUUAAUAAUGUAUUAUUAUUAUUGAGCCCUCUUUUUGUUAAAUUAUAAUAUUUUUGCAUUUGUUGUUAAACUGCUUAAAGAGAUCAGUUGUUGUUUUUCUAUGCAUUUAGAUAUGUAGUUUAUAUGUAUAUCUAAAAUGGCAAUUAAUCAUCAUACCAUGAAUUCACAAAGAAAAUAUCAGGAACAGGAUCAUACGAUCCUAAUUACUUUUAUUGUUUAAUGAAACUGAAAUGUAACAUGUAAGGCUAAAAUAAUAUGGUACAUAAGCAAAAUGAAACCGAUUUUUUUCUGAUAACAAUACAUGAGACUAUGUUGAGUAAUAUUGAAAAUUGUAUAUACAUGUAUAAAAAUAUGUUGAGUAAUAUUGAAUAUUAUACAUAUAUGAGAUUCUGCAAUUGAGACUUUUUGGAAGCUAUCAAGCUAGCUUACGGAACAUCUUUGGUUCUACUCAGGUGCCCAUUUUUGUCUGAAAUAAUGCACAAAUGUGCUCCAAAGUUCUUAGUCUACCAGUGAAGCUGUAAAGUCGCCAUAUGAUCUUUACUGUGUUGGUGUAACAAACUAACUAAAAAAGAUCUUGAUCCUGUUCCUUAAAUCUUAGUGAAUACUGGACCAGAAUGUCAGUGGCUUGAUAUUCCAUGUUUUUUUCUUCAUGAUGAUAAACUACAAAUGGUUGUGUCCUUUAUUAUACAAUUGUAUAUACUUGUACAUUACUGUAUAAUAAAUUCUGUGUAAUCUUUUAUUAAUUACAGAAAUCUAUUUUUAUGACAUUAUUCAUGUCAGGAUAUAUAGAUGUACAUGAAUAAGAGGUUUUUAAAUGCAUUUAAUUUUUUUAUUUCCAUAGUUAAAAAACAAAGGUGUUUACAAUUCAAUAGUGCAAUAGAACUGCAAUUCCAAUAGGUCAAUUAUGUCAAUCAAAAGCUAUACAUAGCAUAUGGUUUGUGAAAUGUUAUAUAUACAUACAGACAAUAGAUAAAUUUCUAUUUGAUUUGAUUUGAAUAGAACUGCAACUGAUUAAUAAUAGUUCAAGAACAAAACAUUUCACAUAUCAUUACUUUAUCCCUUAACAUGAAUCCUGCUGAAACCCAAAAUGGUUGACCUUUGACACCUGAGUAUACAUCCGAACUGGUGCAGCCAAAUCAGUAUACAGUCAGACCAGUGAAGUCAAACCUGUAUACAGUCAGACCUGUGCAGUCGAACCUGUAUACAGUCAGACCAGUGCAGUCGAACCUGUAUACAGUCAGACCAGUGCAGUCAAACCAGUAUACAGUCAGACCAGUGCAGUCAAACCAGUAUACAGUCAGACCAGUAUACAGUCAGACCAGUGCAGUCGAACCUGUAUACAGUCAGACCAGUGCAGUCGAACCUGUAUACAGUCAGACCAGUGCAGUCAAACCAGUAUACAGUCAGACCAGUGCAGUCGAACCAGUAUACAGUCAGACCAGUGCAGUCAAACCAGUAUACAGUCAGACCAGUGCAGUCAAACCAGUAUACAGUCAGACCAGUGCAGUCAAACCAGUAUACAGUCAGACCAGUGCAGUCGAAUCUGUAUACAAUCAGACCAGUGCAGUCGAACCAGUAUACAGUCAGACCAGUGCAGUCGAACCAGUAUACAGUCAGACCAGUGCAGUCGAACCAGUAUACAGUCAGACCAGUGCAGUCGAAUCUGUAUACAAUCAGACCAGUGCAGUCAAACCAGUAUACAGUCAGACCAGUGCAGUCGAAUCUGUAUACAAUCAGACCAGUGCAGUCGAACCAGUAUACAGUCAGACCAGUGCAGUCGAACCAGUAUACAGUCAGACCAGUGCAGUCUGAAUAAUGUAUGUGUUGUAUUUUGAUACUGAAAUCUCUUAAUCCAAAUUUGAUUGUUCCUAAUUGGAAGCUGAUCAAAUCCAUUAAUAAUCAGCAGGUGAUGUGUUAAAAAUAACAAGCAUCUAUGUAAACCAGAUCUGUUAUUUUUAGACAAGUAUUUGUAUUUAUUAUUUCUCUUAAUCCAAAUUUGAUUGUUCCUAAUUGAAAGCUGAUCAAAUCCAUUAAUAAUCAGCAGGUUAAAUGUUUAAACUAACAAGCAUCUAUGUAAACCAGAUAUGUUAUUUUAGACAAGUAUUUAUAUUUAUUAUUUUUCCUUAUGUGCUGUUUAAAAAAAUAAGACAUAGUCCCAGGAAAAAAUAAUUUUUUAUGUAAAAGCCUUGUUUAUUUUCAUAUUUCAUUUCAUACUUGAAUUCCAUUGGUAUUGUAUUGUUCUUGUUUUUACUCUGUUGCAAUUUUACUUUAUAUUAAUUGUCCAUUCAUGGUACAUUUUUAUUUGUAAAAUUUUAUACAUUUACAUAUUUAUGAAAGCACAUUGUUCUUUUUCAUUAUGUCCUCACUUGUCAGUUCAAAAACAUUUUUCAAACUGCUGGCACAUUCCAUUAUUUAUUAUUUUAUGAUACUCUUAAUUAACAAAAAUAAAAUCUUGUUUUAUACAUAAAUUCGUAUAUUAGGUAUCUUAAAUAUACACUGUAUAUAUGCUAUUACUUAUGUCAAGUUUUAAGGUCAUGAAAACCAUUUUGAUAUGUGUCCCAUUUCUUUAAAGUCCCAGUUUUGUACAUUUCCCACAAACCAUCACUGUUACUACUUAAAUGUCUAUGGUUGGGGAGAUAAAGAUGUCAGGUCCCGUGGUCAACUCCUCACUCGGGUGAGGGUGGCAAGCUUGAAGUUAAGAUGCAGGCUAUAAGGUGUCUGUCCCCAACUUGGGCUUGGGAGGUUCGACACCUACUCCGGUCACAGCCAUGUUUCACCAAAAUACACUUUUGGUUAGUUCCAGGAAACAGACAUAAAUGUGUUAAGUGUAAAAUGCAGGAAUUUAUUGUAACUAUUGAGCUGAAAUAAGCAUGUUUGAUCUGACCAGUGAUAUAUGGUGAUAAAUUAAUAGUUAAAACACAUGCAGUAUAAUGCUGAAUUAUUUGUUCGUGACUUAAUUUAACAUUUGAAUAUUUGCUAUAAAAUUAGUGUGACACAAACAACAUAUAUUGCAAAUUAACCAUUUAAAAAGGAAUAAAUUUAGAAAAAAAUGAAUGCAAAUAAAAUAAAUAAAAUAAUAAUGAUUCAGUUGUUUCAUAGCUUCUUUUCAGUUGACAUUAGUGUCUGUUUUUAUGUUUAAUGUUUUUAUGUUUUACUGUUGCUUCUGAAGAGAAAAUUUGAAACAUAUUUUGCAUAAUCCUCCAAAAAAAAUACCACUACUUAUAUUGUAACCAAACAGUUCUUCCUUUACAUUAUUUUUUGCAUUUGAAUAUGAAAUAGAUGAACUACUUUUAUAGGUGCUAUUUGUGAAAUUAAUCUUUCCUGUUAACUUCUAUGUAUGAAUAUAUGUAUUUUUUUAAGAGUACAAUUUAUGUUAGAAUGUUUUGUUCAACAAUUAUUGAAAUCGUUGGUUACUGAAUUGAUUGCAAUAACUAUAAUAUUGAGCCACGUCAUGACAAAACCAACAUAGUGCUUUUGCGACCAGCAUGGAUCCAGACCAGCCUGCGCAUCCGUGCAGUCUGAUCAGGAUCCAUGCUGUUCGCUUACCAACUCUAUUACAAGUAGAGAAACUGAUAGCGAACAGCAUGGAUCCUGAUCAGACUGUGCUUAUGCGCAGGCUGGUCUGGAUCCAUGCUGGUUGCAAACGCACUAUGUUGGUUUUGUCAUGAUGCGGCUCAUAUGUAUGUUUGUACUUUUUAUACAACAGUUUUAUGAGGAGGUUUGUUAUGUUAAUAUUCUUGUGUAAUUCAUACAUCGAUAUAUGUCAUAGUCUUGCAACAGGGUGCUCUGAGGAUCAGCGAGUUCAUUUACAAUGCCAAGAGCUUGUGCGUUUGGCAUAAAGCAAUGGAUUUCAUAUAGGCAAUCUAGGGCCAUCAUGGCCCUGUUGUAUUAAAUUUGGCUUGAAUGUACAUGUACAUAAGAAUCAGGAAAUGAGGAUUGACAUAUGCCAUGAUUUUACACUCAUUGGUUAUAGCUUCAAUAAAGUUAUAUGCAUAAUAUAUCUAUCUAUACAUAACAUUUGUUUAUUCUUUUUUUUCCAAGUAUGUUUUGUUUAGCUUUGGUUAUACUAUUUAUUGAAAAAGUUUGUUAUUUAUUGAGGGAGUCAUAUAUCGGGGUGGGUGAUCACGUGACAUUUUUUAUGGUAACAUUAGGUCCGUGUUAAUGGCUUGGCAUAUGACUUAAAGUGUUAUAACUAAUUGUCGUUGUGUCUGUCAAUAUUUUAAAUAAACAACACUCUUUAUAUUUCAACAAUUGAAAUAAUCUCCUUGUUCAGAAAUACAAAGUUUCAGACGUUAAAUUCAGUUUAUAAAUGCUUCAAAAUAGUCCUUCUUAGGUUAACUAGUUCCUUUCAAUAAAUGAAAAAUGGCCGACGUAAGUCCAUUUCUACACCUGUAAGAUGGUUUUUUUUCUGUCAGGGAAAGAGGAAAAUGUCAGAGUGUGCCAAGUGAGGAGAAUAUGGUAAACGGACAGUUACUCGUUUUUCUCGUAAAAAAUCAAUUAAAUUAAGAUGAACUUUAUGCUAUUUUGUGUUUAGUUAAGUACAGUAACAUUCAUUAAUAAAUUUGAAGUAAAUUGUGUAUAGACGAAUAUAAUAUGAACAUUAUAUUUAUUAUAAUUAGUAUAUAUACAAGGUGUGAGGCUUGUUUCUGAUGAAAUCUGAUUUUGGUAAAGGAAUAGAACGGGUACAGCUAGAUCAGACUAGACUAAGGGGAGCCCUUUAUUGGCCUGGCAGUUGGUCUGCGCUAAAUGUUCAAUGAAACUAGAAAUCAUUUUUCCAUGGUGUUUGGUUCAGCUAAUGUUUUUUCAGGCGAAUAUACAAGACCUCUGCUGCCUGUAUGAAACAAAGCCAGCCUAAAUGCUGACAACUCUGUCUACACAGUUGAUAUUAUUUAGGAGAUUUCUUCAAUACUUGUUGCACUUUAUUUCCAUAAUAUAACUGUGAAAGCCUAGACGAGUAAAAAGGCAAGAUUUUGAAAUAAUUUGAAUGUAGUUAUUGUGAUAAUAUAAGUAAGAUUUAAUUCUUUUCAUCCCAUUUUAUUUUUAGAUUUUUGAGAAUUGAUAAUACAUGUAUUGUUUUACAGAGAUUGGGAAUGUUUAUGGUUAUCAGAUUGUUUGAUUUGCGCCAUUUUCUUAUGUUACAUUCUUACCGCUUGAUUUCUGCUGUUUUUAUUUUAAAAGUUUUUACGCAGAUGUGUGUUUUUGACUAUUUUUUUUCACCUUUACCCUAUAAGAAACUAUUUUUUUUAAACAAUUCUUAAAAAAUAACGGAACACAGAAUUAAAACAGCAUUGGAUACCCAUGAUAUAGUUUCAUUAGUAUUUAUAUGUGAUCAUAUAAUGAGAACAAAUAUCUAUGUAACAAGGAGUUUAAACAAUAAAAUGGAGAACAAACUUA